UCCUUUCAGCUCUAAAGCAUAUGCAAAUAUGCCUGAAAAGGAGAGAUUUCUCCAUGGUUGUGCCCUCCUGCUGUGUAUCUCUCUCGGGUCUUUGCUACUUGGGGUUGCAGUUUCAGAAAUUCCAUUGGGAUCAAAACUGUCUGCAGAAGAAAAUAAUUCUUGGGUUUCUUCUAAUGGUGAUUUUGCAAUUGGGUUCUAUAACCGCCCUGAUCAACGAAACCAGUUUAGUGUUGGCAUUCGGUUCAAUUCAAAGUCGAUUCCUGUUGAUAAACAGACAGUGGUUUGGGUUGCCGGAGGUGAUGUUACUGUUAGUAACAACUCCUAUUUCCAGCUUCAAGAGAAUGGGGAAUUGGUUCUUUUUGAUGCCUUGCAGAGUCAUGUAGUGUGGACCAGCAAAACAAGCCAGUUAUCCGUUGAGUUAGCUUUUCUUCGGGAUGAUGGCAAUCUUGUCUUACUGAAUGGGAAGAAAGAUGUAAUUUGGCAAAGCUUUGAUAAUCCAACAGAUACGCUUCUUCCUGGCCAGCGACUUUCUGCUUUUACAACAUUGAGAGCUGCCAGUCAAAAUUAUGUUUCAAGUUUUUAUAGCCUCUACAUGAAUGUUUCUGGUCAGUUACAGCUAAGGUGGGAAAGCAGUAUCAUCUAUUGGAGAACAGGAUGGCCUUCUCAUUCAAAUCUCAGUGCUGUUCUCACUCCUGAUGGAAGCCUGCAACUUGUGGCCCCAAAUUUGGGACCUGUUUGGUCUGUAUUUGGAGAAGAUCAUAAUGAAACUGUAAGAUUCAGGUUCCUCCGGCUGGAUGUGGAUGGUAAUUUGCGGUUAUAUUCAUGGAUUGAGGUUUCUCAAACAUGGAGAUCAGUUUGGCAAGCUGUUGAGAAUCAGUGUAAGGUCUUCGCAACGUGUGACCAGAAAGGCAUCUGUGCAUUUAAUGCAUCUGGUUCCCCUGUUUGCACGUGCCCAUUUCACCACACAACUCAGUCUAAUUCAAAAUGUUUGGUUUCAUCUCAGCAUGUGUGCAAAUCAGGGUCCAUUAUGGUCGAGUAUGCCAACAUAUUUCUUUAUGGAAUUUACCCGGUUAACGGUUUUAUCUCCUUAACCAGUUUAGACAAAUGCAAAAGCAUGUGCCUAAGUGACUCAAGUUGUACUGCUGUAACCUUCUCAAAUGAUAGAAGUGCAAAAUGCAGGAUGAUGAAAACUCAGUAUGUCAGUGGUUAUUCAGAUCCCUCUCUUAGUUCGACCUCUUUUGUUAAGAGGUGUUCAGACCCCAUAGCUGCUGAUCCCUUCUUCCCAUUGAAGUCUCCGCCACAAGCACAUAAGGAUUAUUAUAAGAUUUGCAUUCCUUGUUUAGUUGGAGCAGCCUCUGGCACAGUAUUUGUGUUUGUUGUGAUUCAGUUGGGAAUGGGAUUUUACCUUUAUAAAAGAAGAAAAUCUUACAGGAGACUGGCUUCUUUAGCUUAUUCCAGUCCUGAUUCAAAAUGUUUAAUCAUGUUAUCCUUCACUGAGAUCAAGGACCUGACUGGGAAUUUCAACAACCAAAUUGGGCCUAAAAUGUUCAAAGGUGCCUUACCCGACAACCAACCAGUCGCAGUCAAAGAGCUGGAAGCAACAAUUGAAGCAAGAAAAUUUCGAGUUGCAGUGUCAAAGUUAGGAAGCAUUUAUCACAAAAGUCUUACCAAGCUGGAAGGCUAUUGUUGCGAGUUGGAUCACAGGUAUUUAGUCUAUGAAUAUGCCAAGAAUGGCUCUGUGGAGAAAUACAUAGAAGAUUCGACACUGGCUGAGAGAUUGACUUGGAGAAAGAGAAUGGAAAUUUGCCUAAGUGUCGGUAGAGCCAUAUUUUAUUUGCACACUGAGUGUAGAGAAUUUUUAUGCCUUGGAAAUUUGAAAUGUGAAAAUGUAGUCCUUGAUGAAAAUUUUGAGGCUAAAGUGAAUGAAUUUGGGUUGGGGUUGCUUUAUAGUGAGGCAUCGUCUUCCUCCCAUAGGGCUUCAGCACAUAAAGACUUGGAAGAUUUUGGCAAGAUGGUUUUGACAUUAGUUAGUGGGUUUAAAGACGUGAAUGAUGCUUUUGAUUGGGCUUACAAGGAAUGGAUUGAAGGUCAUCCGGAGAAUGUAGUAGAUAAAAGACUCAAGGAUGAAGUGGAUGCCAAGGAACUGGAGCGUGCAUUGAGAAUUGCAUUUUGGUGCCUUCAAGCGGAUGAUCGUCUGAAACCCUCAAUGGGGGAGGUAGUGAAGGUGUUGGAGGGCACACUUCCUGUUGAUCCUCCUCCACCACCUCUUAGUUGUUGGAGAUCAUCAAGGGAGCAAGAAGACUCAUCAGAAUUAGGCUCAGAGACGUAGGAUUGUAAUGUACAAGUGUGAUCGUUUUCAUUAAUUUUUCUUUUCUAGUUUUAUAUGGUAGGAUUAGGACUAACCCUCACAGCAAUGACACUCUGAGGCUUUAUUCCAAAAAGGGACAUAUGCCAUUUUUUCCCCUACUGAUGUUAGUGCAAAAACCAUGUUCCUUUUGUCAAAUAGUCAUUCUUUUCUUCAGCAUUAUGGCCCGGCUUGUUCUUGAAUUUUUCACUUUCAGUUACUAUAAAAUGGGGCAUUCUCUGGUUGUGUGGUUCUCAUUUCUCUAUGAAAAUUUUAAAGGUAUGAAGGGCUGAGCAUA